AAUGUGUAUUAUUGAUUAAAUUAUAUAUUUUUUGUUACAAUAAUAAUUGUAAUGAUAUUUUACUUAAAAUAAUUGUUUUUUGUCUUAAUUGAUUUUAUUAAAUUAAUAAAAUUAAGUGUUUACAAAUUGUAAUAAUCACUCUUACUAUUGACCAUUUUUGGUAUAAAUAUUAUGAAAUAACAUACUGGAUUUAUUAUAUAUUCAAAUAUUCAAUAUGGUUCUUAUAAUCAAAGAUAAAUGGAAUAUAAAAUUCAGAGUUAUGAGUUUGACAUUGAUGAGUAUAACCUAAUUAAAGUUAUACAAUAAAUUUCACAUUAAAUGGCCUACAUUCAAGUUGCCACAGUACGGAAUAUGACACGUCGUAGAUAUUUAUUGUAUUUAAUAAUAUGGUUGUGCGUCUGCUUUCCUGUAUUAUAUUUAAAAUUAUCAGAUAAUCCAACAAUAGAAAAAAAUAAUGUACAUGUAACUGAAAAACAUACUCGUAAACCAAUAAAUUUAUCAAAAUUGAAUUACAAAAAAUUAAACAAGUUUUGUAAUGCUCCUAAUAUGAUAGCUAUUGGAGAUGAAGGAAAUAUAGGCAUAUUAAAAAACAGUUUUACUAUUCAAGGUGUUUUAAUUCUAAUUCGACAUGGUGAUCGUGGACCUCUGACUCAUGUUCGUAGUAUAGCAAGUGUGAAUUGUGGUAUUAUUCCUGAAUCAUAUCAUCAAGAAUACUUAAAAUUUUUAGAAAACUUAUAUUUUAAUGGGUCUUUACAAUUUCUUGGUCCUUUUCAUAGUUACCCUAUUAUUACUCAAAAUAAUUGUUCUAUAAGCCAACUAACUCCAGUUGGUGUCGCUCAAAUGUUAAAAUUAGGUAAAAUUUUACGUACUACCUACUCCUCUUUACUAAAUAUUACUACUUCUGAAGAAAUUAUUGUAUAUAGUACAAAAUAUAGGCGUACAUUCCAAAGUGCUUUAGCAUUCAUGUAUUCAAUUUUACCUACAGAUUUGCUUUCUAAAAUAAUAUUUAAAGAAAGUGACAGUUAUUCAUAUUGCUUUGAUCACUGUGCUUGCCAAAAUGCUCAACUUUUAUCUAAAAAAUUAGGCCAGUCAUCAUCAAAACGCUUAAGAUCUCAUAGAAUCGUGGAGAAGUUACUAAAACGUGUCCACAAUAUAGUGUACUCAUUACCUAAAAGUGUUCAUGUUGAUCCCUAUGUUCUAAAAGAUUCUAUUUUAACAUAUAUAUGUCAUGAUGCACCUUUACCAUGCCAUCAUCAUAACUGCUUAAAAGUAGGGGAUGUUGAAGAUCUUUUUGGGUUUAUUGAUUGGGAUUUGAAACAACACUCUAAACACAAUGCUUUUCACAAACUAGGCUUGUUGAAAUCUUAUGGAUUUGCUUUAAAUUUAGCUUUAAAUCUCCUUAAAAUGGUGUCUGAGAAUAAACCAAAUUUAGUUUUAUAUGCUGGUCACGAUUUAACACUUCAAUAUUUAUUGACAACCUUUGGUAUCUCUAAUCAUGAAGCGAUAUUACCCAAUUAUGCAUCAAGAUUAAUUUUUGAGGUAUAUAGAAAUAACUCAAUUGACUCUUCAUAUCCAGGUAAAGACUUCUUUUUUAGAGUAAUUUUUAAUGGUAAAGAUGUAACUCAUUCAGUAUCAUUUUGCAAUCAUGUUAUAUUUAAAGGAAUAUACUUAUGUCCAAUCGAGUCUGCUGUUAGAUUUAUACAUGAUGAUUAUUUUAGUGUGUUCAAUGCUUCUAAUUUUAAAGAAGCAUGUAACAUGCACAUUCCAUGAAAUUAUUUAUUAAAUUAUUUAAAUAUAUUGACAAAAAUUUUUAAUAAAAUGUAUGUUAAGCAUUUUGACAUAUUUCCUAUGUUUUAAAUAAUUUGUUUUAUCAGUUGAUCUCUUUAUAUUAUUUUUAAUAAUUUUAUGAUUUAAGAGAAUUUAUUUAAAAUAUGCAAGAUAUAAAAUUACAUUUUACAAUUCGAUAAAAUGAAAAAAAAAACUUGUAAUAUUUUAUGAACAAAAGUCUAUAUUCUCAUUUACUCAUUUAUUUCAUCUAACUAAUAUUUCUAUAUUAUAUUUAUAAAAGUUAAUAAGCAUAAUUAUUGAAAUUUAAAUAUUUAUGAAAUAUUUUAUGUAGUAAUAUUUUAAUUAGGUGUUACUAUUAAGGUUAAUUGUUACAGAAAAUUAAAAAUUAUAUUCAUUUGUUGUAUACAGUCAUUACCUUCUUUAAUUUAAAAAAGGUGUACUAUCUAUUAAACUGAUUGAAACAAUUUAAAUUGAUUUUUCCUUUAAACAUUUAUUAAUAAAUAAUGACUUAAGAAUGGUUGAACAAAAAAGUAAUUAAGAACACCAUGAUUGACCAUUCUGUUAUUUAUAGUAAAACUUGCUUAAAACAUAAUUUUACAUGUUAUAGUGUUAUACUUAGAUGAGGUUUGCUUGAUAAGAUUUAGUUUUAUUUUAUAUUUUUAAUGUGCAGUAGACAUUUAAAUGUAUAUAAAUAUUUUUUACCAAAUUUGCUGUAUUUACUAGUCAUUAUUUUUGUUAUAAUUAUUAUUUAAAUAAAAAUUGUCAGUCUAAUGUAUUCAAAUUCUUGUAUUUGGUUGAUAUCAAUUAUUAAAGUGAAAAAGUAUUAUUUUAUUGUAAUUUUGCAUUUUAUACAAAAUAACCAUU